GCGCGUGUCAGAUGGGACGUAAACAAGCUACAGGAAGUGCAGCUGUUACAUUGAUCAUAGCAGGUGACAUGGAGAGGUGACGCGUCAUCAGAGCCAACAGCCAAUCCCAGGGCAUUGUGCUGCGAGGAGCCAAUAGCAGGGCGGCGCAGAGAUGACGGAGUGCUUCCUGCCACCCAGUAGCAGCCCUGCGGAGCAGAGGAGGGCGGAGCAUCCUGGGGGGGUGGCUCGUACCCCGAGCUCCGAAGAGAUCAGCCCCACUAAGUUCCCAGGUCUGUACCGUACAGGCGACCCCUCACCCCCUCACGACGGUCACCACCAUGAGCCACCCGACGCGGCAUCCGAUGACGAAAAGGAGCACAACAAGAAGAAAAACAAGUUUAAGAAGAAGGAGAAACGCACUGAAGGAUACGCCGCAUUCCAGGAGGACAGUUCUGCCGAUGAGGCCGAGAGCCCGUCUAAGAUGAAGCGCUCAAAGGGCAUCCACGUCUUCAAGAAGCCCAGUUUCUCCAAGAAGAAAGAAAAGGACUUCAAAGUGAAGGAGAAGGGGCCUAAAGAGGAGAAGGCCAAGGACAAGAAGUCCAAAGACCUCACGGCAGCGGACGUUGUGAAACAGUGGAAGGAGAAGAAGAAGAAGAAAAAGCCCAGCGCAGAGCCCGAACCCGUCAUCACGGAGACUGCGACGACAUUCCGGCCCAUCUUCGGAGCGCCUUUAGCGGAAGCGGUGAGGAGAACGGCGCUGUAUGAUGGGAUACAGCUCCCGGCUGUCUUCAGAGAGUGCGUGGACUACAUCGAGAGCUAUGGCAUGAAAUGUGAAGGCAUCUAUCGUGUUUCCGGUAUGAAGUCAAAGGUUGAUGAGCUGAAAGCAGCGUACGAUCGUGAGGAGUGUCCUUGUCUGGAGGAGUAUGAUCCUCAUACAGUGGCCAGCCUGUUGAAGCAGUACCUGCGAGAGCUGCCCGAUAACCUGCUGGGUAAGGAGCUGUCCCCACGUUUCGAGGAGGCCUGCGGGCGGCCCAGCGAGGCGGAGAAACUGCAGGAGUUUCAGAGGCUCCUCGGGGAGGUUCCCACGGGGAGCAGGCUCCUCCUGGCCUGGCUCAUCACUCACAUGGACCACGUCAUCGCUCGCGAGACAGACACAAAGAUGAACAUCCAGAACAUCUCUAUUGUCCUCAAUCCUACCGUACAGAUUGGAAACCGUGUGCUGUACGUGUUUUUCACUCACGUCCGUGAGCUGUUCGGUGAUGUGGUUCUGAAACCAGUCGUCCAUCCUCUGCGAUGGUCCAAUAUGGCCACCAUGCCGACUCUACCUGAGACCCAGGAGAGCAUUAAAGAGGAGAUCCGCAGACAGGAGUUCCUCUUGAACCGUCUGCACAGAGAUCUGCAGGCCGGUGUGAAGGAUCUGUCCAAGGAGGAGAGACUCUGGGAGGUGCAGCGGAUCGUCACCGCGUUGAAACGCAAGCUCCGCGAGGCCAAGAGACAGGAGUGUGAGACUAAAAUCGCACAGGAAAUCGCCAGCCUGUCUAAAGAGGACGUAUCGAAGGAGGAGAUGUCUGAGAAUGAGGAGGAAGUCAUUAAUCUUCUCCUGGCCCAGGAAAAUGAGAUCCUAACAGAGCAAGAGGAGCUGAUAUCACUGGAGCAGGUGCUGCGCCGGCAAAUCGCCACAGAGAAAGAAGAAAUUGAGCGACUGCGUGCGGAAAUCGCAGAUAUACAGAGCCGUCAGCAGGGCCGCAGUGAAACAGAGGAGUAUUCAUCAGACAGCGAGAGCGAGAGUGAAGAUGAGGAGGAACUGCAGAUGAUUCUAGAAGACCUCCAGAAACAGAACGAAGAGCUAGAGAAUAAAAACACUCAUCUGAAUCAGGCCAUCCAUGAGGAGCAGGAGGCCAUAUUGGAACUACGUGUUCAGCUCCGCCUCCUUCAGAGUCACAAGCUACAUCAGGAGCUCACCGCCCCGCCCACUUCCGAACAGGCCCCGCCCUCCCAGCCCAGCCCAGAGGAACGAUCUAGAGCGGACGAGCCAAUCAAACGUGCCGCAGCGGUCGCCAUAGAAUCCAGUGCCGCAGCCGCUGCCACCCCAGCCAAUGGGAAGCCUGGAAAAGAUGCCAUGAAGCCGUCGCCCAGCAAAGACAAGAGGGAGGCCAACCUGUAAACCAUCUGACCGUCACUACACCUGCGCUUGUGUUUGCUCAUCAAAUAACUGCGACAUCUUGGAUCAAGGGUCAGCAAGGUGAAGUGAGAUGUUCAUUAAUUACACUGGGAGGACAGCAGAGGACGGAGGCGAGAUGUGAUCGGACGCGAUCUGUUAUUUGUAGGUCAGUAGGUCUUAAGAGAGGCAAGUAAGGAAAACAUUUCUGAUUGGUCAUCAUCACAAUGGAGUCAAUUUGGAUUGUUUUGUUAGGUUUAAGUUUGGUUGUAAAAUUGCAGCAGCACAAUCAAAUCUUUGUGAGUGCUCAGAUUUGAUCUGCCAUUUGACCCGUCUAAACAGACAGGCUAAUUCUUCAGUUUUUUCCCUAAAGUAUUAAGGGUUUUUGUUUAAAAAUCUCAAGUUUGUUAAAAAAAAAAAAAAAAAAAGAUUGAAUCUGAUCUGUCCAGGUCAAUGUUUUUUCUCCAAAAUCAAAAGAAAAAAUAGGAAAAUUUAUUAUCAUAUAUUAUAUGAUAUUAUAAUGUAUAAUAUAUUAUAAUUUUGCAAUAAGAAAAUGAAGCCUGUUUUUAAGCCUAUUCAUUUUUUUUUUUUGUUUUGCAUUCUAACAUAUUAACUAUACUAUUGCUUUAAUUAAUUCAAAUAAAAUGUCAUUUCAUGACGGAAAUGUGGAAAUAUGGAAAAAUAUUGAUAUUAUUUAUGCUAUAAAGUAUAUAUCAUGGUAUUAUUUGUUGUUCUGCAUUUAUGCUGAUUUAAAAAAACAUUUAAUUAUAGUAUUUUUAAGUGCAAUUUUUUUCUUAAUAGUCAUUAAAUUAAUGUCACAAUGCAAAAAAAGGUUUAUUUUCUUUAUGCAGACAUAUUUUUCCUUUUGAUUUUGGGUUAAAAUAUACAAAAGCUCGUUUCCACUGAAUAAAAAAUGUAAUUGCAACUUUUCAUUUCACAAUUUGGCAGUUUUGACAAAAAAAGUCAGAAUUGUGAGAUAUAAAUUUAACAUUCUGACCUUUUUCUCACAAUUUCAAGAUAAAAAUUUGCAAUUAGCUUUUUUAUUUAUUCCAUGUAAACAGGCUUUCAUAGAAAUGACACGUUUUCUUAAGAUUCACCUAAAUACUUUAAGCAUUUCAAGAAAUACUGAGCGCUAAUAGGAUGUUAUGACACAACACUUAAUUGCAGACUGUGUGAAAACUCCAAACCACAGGCAAGGAAUUUCCUUAUUUUCCGUGUUCAGGUUACGUUCAGUGCAAAAACUGCAAUCAUUUCAGACAAGCAGAUUUACUUUAUUGGUUAUUAUUAACAAAUGCAUUUAUUUAUGCAGUUUAGCUCAUCAUUAAAUCCCAAAUGAGAAAGUGUGUUGAGAAAUAUCCUGGAUGUCCAUUGCCAAUGCAGAAAUCUUAAUGGGAUGCCAGCUCUCCGGUUGUGGGUCAAGGUCUAGAACCGAAAUCAACCUGAGUGAAAAUCAGUAAAAAUGAAGUUGUGUGUUUUCUGAAACCACUGUGCCAUAGGUGACUGUGUGCAGCCGCACAGAAGAAUUACUUUGAAGAUGCUUUGGGAUAUUGUCAUACAACUAGAUUGUAUUUUUACCUAUUAGGGAGACGUUUGAGCAUUUAUCAUAAAUUACAAUAUUUAAUAAUCAAUAUAUAUAAACAUCUUAUCUGUAACUGCACUAAAAUGUGCAGAUCUGCACUUAUAGAAUGAGAAUGAAUUGAUUGCCGUUUGUUGUGGAGUUGGUAACAUUUUUGUUCGUUUCCGUAUGUUCAUGUGAUGUCACGCUAUGUUUUUUAAAACCAAUUUCGUGAAGCACAAGAUUAUUUUUGAUCAAUAAUGAAGUUUGAAGGGGUCAUUAUGGGUGGUUUUAAUAAGUCUAGGUGAUCAAAAUCAAAGAAAAAAUAUUUUGCAUAAAUUAAAUGAUGCUUAUAAUUAAAAGAAAGCUUUAUUUUCUUUUUGCAAAAUAUUUUUUCUUUUGAUUUGGGGUGAAAGUUUUGGCACAGUUGUUACAGAUGUUCUGACACACAUCGAUAGUCAUUUUUGAAGCUUGCACUAGACUGUCACCAGUUCUUCCCUUUUUAUUGAUACAAAUAUUCUAUUUCACUUUAUUUUGUGAUUAUUAUUUUUGUCUAAUGUGCUUGUUGAAUGCUAGUGUACUACUGGAUUAUUGUAUAUUAUUAUUCUCUUUCAGAUAACACAUUUCCACCCUCAUUUUGCUUUUGGUUUGUUUUUCUCUCUUUCUUUCUUGUCAAGUUGCAUUUCAGAAAUACUGUAUAAUUCUAAUCAAAGCUAUUGACGGACUGAUUGUCAACUAUAUCCUAUGUUAAAAAAAAAAAGAAAAAAAAAAAGCUCUUUUUUCCCUUAAUGUCUCUCUGUUAGAACUCAUCUCAAAGAGUGACAUACCCACUCAUCUACUUUUGAAAAUGAUAGUUUUUCAUAUUAUAAACAGCUUUUGUAGCUCAUGAUCAUUGCGAACUGAUUGUUGCCAUCUGAAAUAAAAUGAUAGGUUGGACAGUAA